AAAAGACUUUUUGGAAAAUGAUUUUGUUUAAGAAAAUGCCUUGAACUAUGUUUCUAAAUUACAUAUUUAAAGUCCGUAUUUAUUUGACGCUUUAUUGCAUUGAAGAUUUCUUGUUAAUUUAUUUAGAGUUACUAGUUUGAGGCUAUAAAUAGGGGCAAUCGCUCGUAAAUAGGCAAACGACCAUGUGAAGCAAGCUUAUUGAAGGAUACUUUUGCUCGAGGGGAGUGUUGCCCCAAAAAGGCGCGUAAAAGUUUUCGUUUGCCGGAAAUGUUUAUUAACUAUAAAUUGCGCAACGCAACGGCAACGGCAACGGCAAAGGCAUCACAUAGGAAGGAAGGAAAUGAGCAAACAUCGGACGCACCCGCAAAAACAAAUAAAAAUUGCGGCCUACACAAAACGCUUGUUUCGCAGGAGAGGAGGCCAAAAUGGGCAAGUUACGAGCAUUUCUUGUAUGUUACGUAGUAUGGUAGGCAGCCUGGGUCUUCAUAAAUCAUUUGGCUGCGGGCAUAUGAUAAAUUGUCAUACUAAUUGUUUUUAGCGUUCAGGACAGACAGGCAGGCAGUCAGUAAGAGGGCGGGCAACGUCUUUGGGUCGGGCUUUGCUUUUACGUCAAUGUCUUUGCGAUUGGCAGGCGUUGGCGUUGAGAAUGACGAUGAUGUUGGUCUGUCAAUGAAGCCUGAGGCUGGCAUAAUUUUAGGCUCAUGCUUUAAAAUGCCAAUGAAUAGUAAAAUGGAAAACAAAACGAUUUUGCCACUCAUUUACUUGGCCUGUCAAUUUUGCAUAUCAUUUCGGGUUUAGCCCAUUAAAUGGCAAUUUCAGCUUUACUAAGUAUACUUAAGUGGAUGGUUUCGUAAACCAACAUUUUCUGGGCCCGGUUGCAAUACGUAAUUGGCGUAUGUAACUGCUUCAUCAAUCAUAUUUAGGUGAGAAGAAGAAGCUCGUCCACUGGCCAUCACACACUGCGUAUGCGCAAUUAAACUGAUGGGUAAACUUUAAUAGCAAAGAUUAUUACUUAUAACAAGUUGGUAGUGGUUUAAGUAUAAGUAUAUGUAUGUGUGUGAGUGUAUUGUCGUUGUCGUUGGCGUUGUCGCUGUCGUCGCAAACAUGCAAAUAAGUUGGCAACAAGUAACAAGUUUUUGAUUUAUGACACGUUAAUAAUGACAGCUAACUUGGCCCGGGUCAGUUUGGGGCGUUCAGCAGCAGUUGCCAGUCGGCAGUCGGCAGUCGGCAGUUGGCAGUCGACAGUUGGCAGUCGUCAGCAGCAACAGCAACAGCAGCAGCAGGCAACAGGUUUGUUGCCAUAUUUCUUAUGCGCUGCUGUUCGUUAUUUGCCGCUUGCUUUUUAACAACUUUUUCUCUGUCCAAACGCGGGGUUAUCGGGGCUCGUCUUCGGACAUGACAUCUUCGGCGAGCCAAAGUAUUUGACACUUUAAUGAACUGCCCGGGGUCGCGUGUGUCGCAGUCAGAGUCACAGUCACAGUCACAGACAAAGUCUCAGUCGCAGUCGUCGUUGUCGUUGUCGUUGUCGUCGAUGUUGAUGUCACAGUAACGACGACGCGAACUCUUCAUUAAAAUUAAUGCGUAUUUUUGGUCAGUUUUUGCCAAUGCUAAAAUUGGGCUAACGCACUUUGACCUGCGCCAGACACAAAUGUCAAUUGCUGGUCAUUUGGUAAUUUGUUGAUAAUUGCGUUUUAAUUGAGCCGCGAUAAGUGGCCAAGAGAGCAGCCACAUCUCUAAACAAUUUGUGGCCAACUAUUCAACUACAAUUGUUUUAGGCCACUUGCCAGCCAAACUGAUAAUGCAUGACAGUGUUUGCAUAUGAAUGUGUGUGUAAGUGGAUGGGAGUGAGCGAGCGUGCGAGUGUUUGAGUGUGUGUUUGUAAUUAUGGUGGCAAUGUUAACCUUUGGUCGUAAAGCAUACGCUUAAUACCGAUAAUGGUUUAUGUGCUUAGUCGCUGUAAUUGCCAUGAUUAGCUAGUAUAUAUACUACACAUGUAUCUAUGGCUGUUCUCUAUCUCCUGCUCCCUCUCUUUAACCCUCCUCUCUCUCUCUCUUUGUCUGUUGCUGUUGAUGUCAUGAUUUAUAGGGCAGUCGAACAACGCUGAACGCGUGGCUUCGAAAAUUUUAAUUAACACCGCACACGCUGCUAUCAAUUACCCAGUCCACUCCAGAUUUGGAAUUCGUAUCGAUAGACACUGAAUUUCCACAGCCCAAUAUGCGUAGCCUAAGGAAAAUCUUAUAAUUUACUUUAACGCUCUCGUCUAUUUCGUGGCAACUUUUGACUCUCUGACACAUUUCUGUAUGUCAAGGUAUAUCAUUUUCAUCAGCACAUUGGUAACAUCGAGAAAUAUGCCUGGCAAAUAAAUUCAAAUACUUUUCAUUGGCAAGGGUAUUGAUGCUUCGACAUCUUGGCAGAUAACUGGCUUUUUUGUUGCUAUUUGUUAUUGUUUUAGCUUAGUUUUGUUUGCGUUUGCGUUUUGGCCAAAAAGAUAAACAAGCAACUGGAAUGAGAAAAGAGAGACGAGAGAAGAGAGAAAAACAAGCGCACCUGGCAACGUGACCCUAGGCCAUGUUAUUUAACUUUGGACACGCAGCUUUUGGCGGGUGUCCAUAUCCAAUGGCAUGACAGGUGCCUCAGCAACAGUCCCCAAAAAACUUUCUGGGUCUAUCAGACAGCCAUCUCUCUCAAAGCUUUGUUGCGUCUCUUUCUCUUUGUAUUUGGCGAUUUGCUAUUUGCUGCCUCCCCUCGAAACAAAAGUGAUUAAAUUAAGCGAUGUUGCGCCUCGAGGCUGUGACAAAAUUUUCUUAUAUUGUAUUUUAACAAAUUGUAAGUAUUUAUAAAUGGAAAUGCUGCCCUCCAGUGGCCAGUGGCGAUGGCUAAUGGCUGCCGUGUACACACAAUGCCCUACAAAACGAACACACGCCGUCGCAUAGUGGUGCACAGAAAAAGGUCAAAGUUGAAGGCUGGCGAUAGUAAAAGUAUUCAAAUAUAUGAUUAAUAUUUAAUAAUUAUAAAUAAUAGUUCGAAAUAUAUAUUUAAAUAGUAAUUAAAUUAAAUAUUAACUGUUUAUAACUGUUUAUAAUUGUAUCACAAAUUGAGUCUAUUCGUACCACUGUGCUUGGUUGGCUGCUGUGUCUAUGCUGAUGCAUGGCAUCUCAUUAUGUGCAUAAAUAGGCAUUGUGAGUGGACCUGGUUUAGCCUGUUGCUGGUCGCUGUUGUUUGCCCAGGACAAUGAUAGAAUUGUUUGCUUAGUUGCGUCUAUAAAUCUGAGCAGGCAACAUUCUCGAAUCUGGGUCUUCUGCCUCGGCUUGUUUAUGAUGAAUUUGAAUUGACAGCUAAGUAGCAAUUUGUCUGUGGACUGCCUGAAUCAUUAUCAAUUAGAGCGCAUCGUCUAUGCCACUAUAACAUAAACAUACUUACACACGCACACACAGAAUUGCUCACAUACUCACAUGUAGACGUAAUCAGAUUUAUGUGCGGCAAUCAAGACAAUUACCUAGCAAAAGCCUGGAAACAAUAUUAGGCAUCAGGCAGAGAGCGGAGAGCAGAGAGCGGAGAACAGAGAACAGAGAGCGUGCUCAUUCGUAUUUGCUGUUAAAUAUUAUUUAUGCAGAAGUAGUGUUUGUGUAUUGCAUGUCUCCAAGGAGCCAUUUAUGCCUAAUUUAAGCGCAUUUGUUGCCAAGACAAUGUGCCAAUUUGUUGCUCUUAGCCAGUUGGGCUUGUUGUCUUGACCAGCCAACGAGCAGCGUAUCUAGCUGGUUUGUUUAUGUUGGCACUUUGCCUUAAAUACUUAAAUAGUUACAAGUGUUUGCCGUACGAAAUGCCAAAUUCAAAAUCAAACUAUCAAACAACAAAGAAAUGCAAUAUCAAAAUCAUUUUGCCGACUUGUUGGCUGGCUGGUUCGUUGGCUGCCUGUUGACUAAUUAAUUAAUUAUGCAUAUUUCCGCAUAGUUUUGGUGGCACACAGUCGCUUUGUAGUUUAACCGCCGAAACACGAGUAGUUUUUUUGGCCGAGUUGGAGUUUAUGUAACAGCGCAGCAACCAACGCCCCACUGGGGCAGCCUCGAGGCGCAGUGUUAACGCUUAAAUGCUCAUUUAUCUUUGAUUAACUGCGGCUUGUUGUAUAGUGUUUGUUGUCUUCUCUCCUAACAUGUGUUGUCUUUUGCUGUCUUGUGUUGUGUUGAGUUGUGUUGUGUUCGACAUCUUCGUUGUUUUGAUUGCAACAGUCUGAAAUCGAGCAUGAAAUCAAAAUGGGAACUGAAAUUGAAACCAAAACAGAAACACAAACCGAAACCGAAACCGAAUCUUCAGCUAAGCGUUCGCAUCAUUUAUCAUAGUUACAAUUUACGAAUUUUCACUAUUUCGCUAUUUUUUUGGUCCAGCGAAAUUAAAUGAGCGUAUAAAAAUCAGCAAACCCUCAACACUGCACGCCAGUUUGCAACUUCGAGUAGCACGCAACAGAUCCACACUGCAACAAAACUAAUUUAAGCUCAUGAUGCGUGGAUUUCUGUUACUUUUGUUGGUAGCUGCUGCAAGCGCAGCAAAGUUGGGUUAUAAUUAUCAGACGGCUGGCGUCGACCGUCGUUUUGCUGGACUAAUUGAUAAUGAGGCAACGGGAUUCAGCAGAGAGGGACAUCAACAGAAGCAACUGCAGCAACAACAACAACAGCAGCAACAACAGCAGCAGCAACAACAGCAGCUGAUUGGCGAUGAGUUCAACAAAGAAUUCUUUACGUAUAGCGCACCUGAAGAAGAGUUCGCCGAUCGCGAGGCCACGCAGAACAUUGCCCAGAUGCUGAAGCGUAAGCUUCGCGUGCUCUUCAUCAAGUCACCCGAGCAACAAGGUCUCACAAAUGCCGCACUCCAGCUGGCCAAGCAGUCGAGUGAGCAACGCACCGCCAUCUAUGUGCUCACCAAGCAGGCGGAUGUCGGUGAGCUGGCUCAGAGGCUACAGACCGAGAACCAGAGUAACACACACAAGCCCGAGGUGCACUUUGUCAAGUAUCGCACACCCGAGGAUGCUGUGCGUGCCCAGCAGCUUAUCCAGCAACAGUUCGAUGCUCUGGGCGGCAGUUCACGCAGUUCGGACGAGGGCGUGGCACCAGUGCUGGACUUUAGCUCAGCUCCAGUCGCAGCAGAGGUGGGCCAAGCCCAGUCUCAGACCCCAUCUAAGGUUCUCUCUGGUCCCAAAUACUUGCCUGCAGCGUAGGCACAUUUACUCUAAUUGUAGAGAACAUAGCAUAAAAAGAUAGCCUCAUAGUUCGUAUUCUGUGCAACUCGUAUUAA